AUGUCACGUAAGCAAUGUUCAUCUGCCCCGCAGCCACCCAGCAGGGCUGGUAGUUUGUUCAAGUUCGAUCAAGUUCGACAAAGUUCGGUCGAGGUCGAUCGAGCAGCAGCGCUGGCACCACCUCCCUCCUCCGCCACUUCCUCCCCCUUCCCGCGCACCCCGGCAUCUGUUCCGCCCAAAUCCGCUCUGCUUCCCCGCGUACCGGCACGUUCCGCGCAUCCUUCCGACAAGUUCACCGCUCUCCGCCGCUGCCGGUCGUUCUCCUUCCCCGCGCCAGCUUCCGCGCACCCCUCCCGCGCUGCCAGCCGCUGUUGCGCCGCGCAUGGAUCCGCGGAAGGCGGACCAGGGGAGAUUGAGGCGGGGAUACAGAGAGCGGAAGGGGAGCAGCAGGGAGAGGAAUGGCGGUCACCAAGCGGGGAAGAUAGACCCGCCGAAGCCGCUGACCUUUCCCUGCCACGUGAUUGGGGUGUGCUGGGAAUGUCUGAAGGUGGAGCAUACGUGGGAAGCAGAGCACGCGAGGCAGAAGCAGUUGAGGAUCCACUGCCACGUGAUCGGGUGAUGCUGAGAAUGCCUGAAGGUGGAUUGCUCGUGGGAAACACAGCACGCGAGGAAUUGAGCACCAGGCUUGCCUGGACUGGCAAGUCCGUGCUGCAGGCUGUGUGCAGUGCGGUGCUGAGCGCUCUUUCUGUGCCAGGGGGGGGAGCAACCCCAGGAUUUCCUUCACUGGAGCAGCUACUAGCAGAGCAACUGGCGCAGAGGUUCCGUGUGAUGUCAGACGGUGAGCUGGUGGGUUUCUUCCAACAGCUGCUCUCCGCUGCACGUCACACAGGGGUGGAGGGCGGGCAGCAGCAAAACGGGCAGCAAGGCGGGCAGCAAACUGGGCAGCAGGGGGCAGCACGUGUCGAGGGGUAUUCCCAAGGGGAGCAACAGGAACCAGCUCCUCAAGAUGGGCUUUCCUCAUUCCGGCAGCCUACCGCGCUCAUGGGAGGAUGGAAUGAGCAGGGGGAGGAAGGGGUUGAGAUAGGAGUUGAGGGUAAUCAGAGAACAGAGGAAUGGGCUGGGAGGUUAAGAGAGGGGAAUGAGAGGGCUCAGGAAGGGGCUGGAAGUGGAGAGGGCUUAAGACAAGGAGGGGAAAGGGAGACAGAGGGGGAUGCAACUGUGCGAGCGGGUAUGGAGGGAUGGAGUGGGAGGGGGGAGGAAGGGGCUGGAAUGGAAGACGAUGGGAGUUCAAACGGGAUUGAGAACCAAGCUGCACAGUGGUUUUCUGCGGUUCAGGGUCAGAUAGAGCGGUUCCAGGGUCAGGUAGAGCGGUUGCAGCAGCAGAUAGAGCGGUUUCAGCAGCAGGACACGCCGCUUGGGAUAAAGGCAGGGAAGGUGGUGGCAGCAGCGGCGGCUCUGGGGUUUACAGCAGCGGCGGGGGUGGUGGCUUUAAGGGUUCCGGAUGGGUGGGAGGAGGAGAUGGGGGAUGGGAGUUGGAAGAGGGAGAAAGAAGUGGUUGAGACGGGUGGGAGCUGGAUGGUUGGGGGUGGGGAUGCAGGGAGGGGAGAUGGGGAGGGGAGAGAAGGGAAGGAUGGGAGGGAUGGGCGGAGGGAUGGGAGGGAAGGGAAAGACGGGAAGGAGGAGGAGGAGGAGAAGCAGCAGCAGCAAGAGGAAGAGAAAAAGCUUCAGCAGCGUGGGAAGAAGGAAAACGAGCAGGAGGAGCUAGAGAAGGGGCAGGAGGGGCAGGAGAAGGGGCAGGAGCAGAAAGGAGUGGGUGGGAAGGAGAGAGGGGGGGCAACGAGGGGAGCAGAGGUGGGGGUGAUGGUGGAGACAAUUCCUUCUGAGGAGCGUGGUGCUGCUGGGGGCAGGAAGAAGGGGGGGAGAGGGGAGUUGGAAGGAAGUGAACGGGGUGUCUCUACCGCGAUCGUCCCAGAAAUCGUCGUUGCACGGAAGAUCAGCCGUCGUCUAAUAACCGAUCAGCCGGCAAAGACCAUGUCGGCCGUUACGAUGCAGACGGCAGCGGCUGUGAAGCCGUCAGCCUUCGUGGGUAGCACGAGCCUGAAGGCGAGCCAGCACAAGAGACUACAGAUGGCCGUGCCCAGCCGCGCAUCCGCUACCGGUGUGCGCUGCAGCGCCGUCCGCUCGGAGCGCCUUUGGACCCCGAAUUCCGCCGCGAACAGCGGCGAUAUCUGGUCCAUCAAGAACGAUCUGGAAGUGCCGCACAGUCUGUUCAUGGGCGCACCGGAGGUGAUGGCGGGGCAAGGAGCGCCUCCCCCCAUGCUGCAGGAGCGGUUCCAGUCGGUCAUCUCCCAGCUCUUCCAAAACCGCAUCAUCCGGUGCGGCGGCGCGGUGGACGACGAUAUGGCGAACCUCAUCGUGGCGCAGCUGCUCUACCUCGACGCCGUUGAUCCCACCAAGGACAUCAUUAUGUACGUCAACUCGCCUGGUGGCUCUGUGACUGCUGGCAUGGCCAUCUUUGACACCAUGCGCCACAUCCGGCCUGACGUCAGCACCGUGUGUGUCGGCCUUGCUGCCAGUAUGGGCGCCUUCCUCCUGUCAGCAGGAACAAAAGGGAAGCGCUACAGCCUGCCUAACAGCCGUAUUAUGAUUCAUCAGCCGCUGGGAGGAGCGCAGGGGCAGCAGACGGACAUUGAGAUUCAGGCAAACGAGAUUCUGCACCACAAGGCGAACCUGAACGGCUACCUGGCGUACCACACCGGUCAAUCCUACGACCAGAUCGUUCAGGACACGGAUCGCGAUUUCUUCAUGAGUGCAACAGAGGCCAAGGAGUAUGGCUUGAUUGAUGCUGUUAUCACCAACCCCCUCAAGGCCCUUAACGCCGCCCCAGUUGCCGCAUAA